AUGAAUACUGUACCUUUCAGACCAAUUCCUACGACAUUCGAUGCGUUGGAACAUAACCUCGACAUGGGGAAAGACAUCGAUUGGGGGACAGCAACACCAGUGACUCGCAUUGUCAAUGUGCUCGACGAGAAGAAGCUGCCCCCAAAGCACCAAAAAGCACUCGUGCUUCACGGUCUGAGGCAACCAUUCUCUCUGUCGGAGGAGUAUAAAGUGCCUGAGCGGAAAAGUUCAGACGAGCUUGUUGUGAGGGUGCAUGCAAUUGGACUCAAUCCCAUUGAUUGGAAGAGUGUCGAUUACGGCUUCGGUAUCCCGGUUUUGCCAUACGUUGCUGGACGUGACUUUGCGGGAGAGGUCGUGGAAGCGCCGGCCACCCACAGUCACAUACGAGUCGGCGACAUUGUCAUAUGUGGCUCGACAGACUAUCGAGAUGUGCGCAAAGCUGCCUAUCAGGAAUACGCAAUCGCGUCGCACCAUACGGUCUGCAGACUGCCCAGUCACAUUCCGAUCGCUCACGGAGCUGCGCUGGGCGUCGCCUACGUGGCUGCAUCUCUCACGCUUGGUGUUUGUCUAGGACUGCGCUUGCCGGAUAUCGCCCAAGCGAAAGGCACGAGAGGGCCAGAUAUCCGCCAGAUGGUGCGCAGAAGUGCAUUGGAAGACUUGCCCGCCGACACACUUUCCGAAUGUCUCAGCAUGCCGGAGCACGAGCGCCCGGUGGCAGGAGAGUGGCUUGUGGUUUGGGGAGGAUCAUCGACCAGCGCGUUCAUCUUAUCGCAAAUUGCGCAUCUGGCGGGCCUGAGAGUGAUACUCGUGGUCGACGUAGCAAAGCACGGUGCGCGGAUGAUGGAGGCCAAGGACUUCGUGUUGGUGGACAGUCACCACCCCGCCCGCGCCAGCGAAGUCAUUCGCAGUCUGACCCAGGGCCAGUUGCGGUUUGGUGUUGAUACUGUGGGCAAGCCCACGACAGAAGCCCUGGCAACGAGCCUCCAUGUGGGAGGCGAGAAGCGACCGCACAUCGUCGGAUUGGCGGCGCUGCCCAAAGAAAGGGUGCCGGGAAUCGUGUAUCACAGCGUGCCGGUCAAGCUGAUGCACGAGGUGCCUGAGGUCGGGCUCUCGUUGAUGGCGUGGCUCGAGCAGGCCCUCCGGUAUGAUGUGUUACGGCUGCCGGUGGUGGAGCGGGCGUCCGGUGGCCUCGAGGGAAUCAACGCCGCCUUGGACCGGAUGCGCGAGGGCCAGAUCUCCGGCAAGCGGUUAGUGGUGCCGCUGUGUUGA